UCGUUUCGACAUUCAGUCUUUUGCAAUCGUUAGUGUCUAGUAGUUGAACGAUUGAAAUCGGGGAAUUGCUGAGAAUUUGUAACCCCUGUAUUCGUAGGCUUCACAAUUUUUAACGACUCUCUGACACGUGACGCAACUUGAUUAUAUCGCUUUUCAUCUCAUAAGCAACUGUUGCAAACAAUCCAUAACCAUACGCAAGGAUGUUUUCUGAAAAUGAUCUCGGCAAAGAUUAUUCCAGCAUAUCUAAACACGAACUAUUAUUGCAUGCUUGUAACAACAAAAGACAUCUUGACGAAAGUUUGCGAAGCUUAACUGAAUAUUUUAUCUACGUGUAUAUCGACAGUAGUCAGAAGAUCAUGAUGAAUCAUUCACUUGUGAAUACAAGUAGAAUUACAAAAUUCAAAGAUUUAUGUAACAAAGAUAUUGUAGGCAGACACUUUCCCAUCACUGAUGUCAUAAAUGAAUUUUAUCUUUUUUUUGAGCUAAACCGUGUAAUUGUAGAUAAUUUCGAGACCUUAUUAAAUAUCAAAAAGUACAUUCUGCCAAUUUUAAUUAUUCCGGGUCUUUUAGGAAACUGUUUGUCCGCCAUUGUGCUCUUCCGUAAAAAGAUGCGUUCUUCCUCGUCCAACAUCUACUUGGGCAUGCUAGCAAUAAGCGACAUCGCCUAUUCAAUGUUAUUAUUUAUAGACUGGCUCUUUUUAAUGGAUAUAAAUCUAAAAAAAAAUUAUUUGCACUGGUUAUAUACCUUUGUUGGCUUUCUGAACUUCUUUUCCGAGUUUUUGAGUGUGUGGCUUAUAGUAGCCUUCACCAUCGAGAGAUAUAUAGUGACAAGGUAUCCGCUUCUACGUCGAUCUUGGUGCACUAUCAAACGAGCAAAAAUCGUAGUGAUCAUACUAAUGGGACUGGCAAUUUUGCGCAGCAUUUUAAAUAUUUACUUUUUUUAUGGAACUAUACACUAUGAAAUAUUUAGAGGAAGAGAAAUGAGUACCUUUGAUGCAUAUAAACAUCUACAACUUGACCUUCAACAAGGAAUUAUUCUGAAAACGCACAUAAUGGAUUCUAUGUUAAUAUUUACUCUACCUGCUCUCGUGAUAGUAAUCUGCAAUACUCUGAUAGGAUGCCAUAUUUACCAUCAACAUCAUGUUCGCAAAACCUUGAUUACAGCGUCCGACUCUUCUAAUGAGAGAACUCAGAUAUCUAGGGAUAAAAUGCUUCAGCAUAAGAUCACAAAAAUGCUUAUUCUCGUUUCGAGCAUAUUUGUAAUAUUGAAAUUACCUGCAUAUUUCAUUACUUACAUUCAUAGUUAC